UGCUCCCCGCUCCUUCCGCUUCCAGGGCAGCGGGGGCGACCGGAGGAGACGUGUCCUUCCGUGGCCGCCGGCGGAGGGGAGAGCGGCGCGAUGGAGCUCGAGGCCAUGAGCAGAUACACCAGCCCGGUGAACCCGGCUGUGUUCCCGCACCUCACCGUGGUGCUGCUGGCCAUUGGCAUGUUCUUCACUGCCUGGUUCUUCGUCUAUGAAGUGACUUCCACUAAGUACACACGGGACAUCUACAAGGAACUGCUUAUCUCUCUGGUGGCUUCACUUUUCAUGGGCUUUGGAGUUCUCUUCUUGCUGUUGUGGGUCGGUAUCUAUGUGUGACACUAAGCCAGGGACCUAUUCUAGAUUCCAAGUGGAAGACCUCACAGAAGCUCCAUCUUUUUUCUAUUUUUGUACUUUAAGGAUAUGGCCCAUCAUAGAUGCGGACUCUGUGUCCUGCCAAGUGACAUCACCUCAAGCGUGAAUAAAGCUGGUUCUGUGAUGUAGCAAACUUUGGGGUCCUACUCUGUGUUUUGGGGGCUCUUUAUCUGACUUUCAGAUGUGCUCUGAUCUCAGCACAAGAUCAGCAUACCCUGGAUAGAUCCUCUGUUGUGUUCAGAAAUAGAAUGGCCCUUUCACAGGCUCCAGCCAACUGCAGCCAUAUUGAGAGGAACUGAGUAUAGCCCUGAAGGAGUCCACUUCCCUCUGCAGUGCAGGAUGGGGCUAAUUUCCAGUUGUCUCUUAUAGAUUUGAACUAUAAGGAAUGCGGCAGGGUAACUUGCCAUCCACUUACAAGGAGCGUAGGCAUAAUGUUAAAGGUUUGUUUCAAACAAAAAAGGCUUUCACAGGUGUAGACAUGUACCAUGAAAAGAUGUUUUUAAAGUAAUUGUUUUCUUGUAGAGGGAAUAUGAGAUCAGGUGUCAAUUUAAUAGUGGAUACAUCCUCUCCAAAAGACUGCUUCCCUCUCUAGUAGAUAGCUGGUUUUGGUCUUAAUGUUCUUCCCUCUAUCCUGUAUCACAAUGGAGCUAGUGCAGAGGAAGUGUGAAGUCAAACUGGCACUAACCUGAUUUUAUUGUACAAGUUUGGUGAAAUGAGGAAAUCGUGUUCCCAAAUAAACUCUCAUCUACA